AUGCGGACGCUUAUAUCGAUAAUUACAGUUAUUGGUAGCAUUUGUUUGUCCGUAGUAGAGGGAGAUUCCAUAGACAAUGUGAAUGUAUUUUUUGGAGCAGACGGUGCAGGACAUGUUUUCCCAGGAUCGACUCGUCCCUUUGGGAUGGUGAAGAUGGGUAUAGAUGCUAUUGAUUCAAGUUUUGGAGAUGCUUAUUCUGGAUAUGCGCCUGGUGGUAUAAUCAAUGGGAUAUCCAUGAUGCACGAAUCGGGGACUGGAGGAGCCCCAGAAUACGGGGUGGUUUCGCAGCUACCGUUAGUAUCAGAAAUAGACUACACGACGGAAAGUUAUAUCGAAAGAUCAGAGGCCGAUGUUGGUAUAGUAGGAAAAUACACCGUCAAGACGACAGACAACACUACCAUUGAGUUUGCUGGAGCCGAAAGAUCAGGAAUUUACAAAUACACAUUUCCAGAUGGAGCAACCCCUCAAAUUAUGAUAAACGCGUCACAUCAUUUAGCUGCACCAUCUAGGCCAUGGUGGACACAGUAUUUCGUUAACGGGUCCAUUGAAGCUAGUGAGAAUAAAUAUGGGUACACCGGGUAUACUACCAUCAAGGGAGGUUGGGGAUUACAAGCACCUUGGACCAUCUAUUUUUGUGGAGAUUUCAAAACACCCUCCAACAAAGUCAUUAGCUUCACAGACUCAAAUGCUGAAGAAGGUUCAUCCGCGUUUGCUGACCUGCAAAACUCGUCCAUUGGAUUAGUUUUUGAGUUUCAAAAUGAGACUGAAAUUUACAGUAGAGUUGGUGUUUCUUUCAUUUCAACUGAUCAAGCUUGUGAGAAUAUCAAUCAAGAGCUUGGUGAAGAUUAUGAUCUCAAAGGGACUGUUGAGGCCACUCAAAAUAAGUGGAGAAGCGAAGUCUUUGACAAGGUUAAUUUUAAGACCGACAACGAUACCAUAAGAAACUGGCUUGUUGAUUCCCUUUAUGGUGCUCAUUUAUUACCAUCCAAUAGAACAGGGGAAAAUCCUAACUGGGACUCAUCAGAGCCAUAUUAUGAUGACUUUUUUACACUCUGGGAUACGUUUAGAUGCUUGAAUCCCAUGAUUAAUAUACUUAAUCCAACUAGGGGAGCUGAAAUUAUUAGAAGCUUUACGGCAAUAUAUGAAAACGAAGGGUUUACUCCAGAUGGACGUUCCGCAAAUCAAAAUGGUAGAACCCAAGGAGGGUCUAAUUCAGAUAUCGUAAUGGCAGAUGCUUACAUUAAGAAUAUAAAUGAAGGGGUCAACUGGAACAGUGCCUAUGCUGCUAUGGUCAAGAAUGCUGAAGUGCAGCCCCCUUAUUGGUAUGAUUCUUAUGCUCCAGAUGCUUCUACUAAGGAUGGAAGAGGCGCUUUACCAGAUUGGCUCAAGUACGGAUGGGUCACUAGAAAUUAUACCCGAUCUGUUACAAGAACUAUGGAAUAUGCAUACGACGACUAUGCGCUCUCUGUUGUUGCUAAGGGUCUAGGAAAAAACUCCGACCAUAAAAAAUAUUUAGCUAGAUCAGCUAACUGGCAAAACAUAUGGAACUUUGCAGCUACAGCUGAAGGUUAUAACUAUACUGGUUUUAUCCAGCCAAAGAAUGCCGAUGGAUCUUUCAACUACACAGAUUACGACCCGAUGUCUUGUGGAGGAUGUUACUGGGGCGAUGAUGAAUACGAAGGCAAACCAGUUGAGUACGGUUGGGCUGUACCUCAUGAUGUGGAGACAUUAAAGUCGUUCAUUGGCUCUGAACUGACAUUCCUUCGUCGUUUAGACGACAUGUUUGGUCUUCAUGGCCAAGACACGGAUGGAGUUGCCGAUAUAGGAAACGAGCCUAGUUUUUUGACUCCCUACCUUUACAAUUAUGUCAAUGCCCAAUAUAGAACGGUUGAGACAAUAAAAUACUUAGUUAAUAGCAAGUAUUCUUCAACUUUACUUCCAGGAAAUUCAGAUGCUGGAGCCAUGCAAGCGUGGCUCUUCUUCGCCUUGAUUGGGUUGUAUCCGGUUGCAGCGACACCAACUUAUCUUUUAUCUUCUCCUUUUUUGCCAUAUGUGGCCAUCACGUUGGCAAAUGGUAAAAAAGUUGAAAUAACGGCCAAAAAUCUUAGUGAAGAUAACAUCUACGUCAAAUCAGUCACCGUAAACGGCAAAAACUGGAACAAAAACUGGAUUAGCCACGAAGAUGUGUUUGUGAAUGGUGGAAAAAUUGUGUUUGAUCUUACUAAUGAGAAAACUAUUUGGGAAUCUGGUGAUAUUCCUCCAAGUCCAGGACAUUACACUUUAGUCAACAGCCGGAAUUACAAUACAACAAAAACUUAA